UCUGUUGCAGGAGAGUCUCAGCUUUGUGGAAGCCCAGGUAGUAAAGGUCCCUGACUCUCAGGCAGUCUUGGUGAUGUCCCAUAGAAGAUUUGGGGUCCCCUUUCACCCCUGGCCUGGUCAGGCUGCCCAGUAAUAGUUCUUUCCGCCGCCCCCGCAUCCCCCUCCAUUCCAGGCUGUAACGUGUGUUGUAAGUCUUCUUGGAAUCAGCUGCAGGACCUGUGCAGAAUGGCCAAGCUGUCCUGCCCCGCCCUUGGUAUCUCUAAGAGGAACCUCUAUGACUUUGAAGUCGAGUACCUGUGUGAUUACAAGAAGAUCCGAGAGCAGGAAUAUUACCUGGUAAAGUGGCGUGGCUACCCAGACUCAGAGAGCACUUGGGAGCCACGGCAGAAUCUUAAGUGUAUACGCAUUCUCAAGCAGUUCCACAAGGACUUAGAAAGGGAGCUGCUCCGGCGGUACCACCGGUCAAAGAUCCCCCGGCACCUGGACCCAAGCUUGGCCAACUACCUGGUGCAGAAGGCCAAGCAGAGGCGGGCACUCCAGAGCUGGGAGCGGGAGCUCAAUGCCAAGCGCAGCCAUCAGGGGCGCAUCACCGUGGAGAAUGAGGUGGACCUGGAAGGGCCCCCACGGGCCUUUGUGUACAUCAAUGAGUACCGUGUUGGUGAAGGCAUCACCCUCAACCAGGUAGCCGUGGGCUGUGAAUGCCAGGACUGUCUGUGGGCACCCACUGGAGGCUGCUGCCCGGGGGCGUCACUGCACAAGUUUGCCUAUAACGACCAGGGCCAGGUGAGGCUUCGAGCGGGGCUGCCCAUCUAUGAGUGCAACUCCCGCUGCCGCUGCGGCUGUGACUGCCCCAAUCGUGUGGUACAGAAAGGCAUCUGCUAUGACCUCUGCAUCUUCCGCACGGAUGAUGGGCGUGGCUGGGGUGUCCGUACACUGGAGAAGAUUCGGAAGAACAGCUUCGUCAUGGAAUACGUGGGAGAGAUCAUUACCUCAGAGGAGGCGGAGCGGCGGGGCCAGAUCUACGACCGCCAGGGCGCCACCUAUCUCUUUGACCUGGACUACGUGGAGGACGUGUACACUGUGGAUGCCGCCCACUAUGGCAACAUCUCCCACUUUGUCAACCACAGUUGUGAUCCCAACCUGCAGGUGUACAACGUCUUCAUAGACAACCUUGAUGAGCGACUGCCCCGCAUUGCAUUCUUUGCAACAAGAACCAUCCGGGCAGGCGAGGAGCUCACCUUUGAUUACAACAUGCAAGUGGACCCCGUGGACAUGGAGAGCACCCGCAUGGACUCCAACUUUGGCCUCGCUGGGCUCCCCGGCUCCCCCAAGAAGCGGGUCCGUAUUGAAUGCAAGUGUGGGACUGAAAAUUGUCGCAAAUACCUCUUCUAA